AUGGCUGCGAAAAGGGGAAAUGCGAUCCGGGCUGAACGGUCUCGCCAAAACGAGCAGUAUUACGAGCUAAGUGAUGGUGACGGAGGUUAUGCGAGAGCGGUGUUCGGGGGAGACUCGGUCGGUAGCAGACCUGCCUCGACGGCGGCGAUGAUUUAUCGUCGCGAUAGCACGCCCGCCUCAAUAGCUCCGGACGACGCUAUAGAGAUCGUCCGGCGACAUGCUGCAUUUCAGGGAGAGAAUGUUGCGGCGGAGACAACGCGGCGGAACGUCUUCCCUUCUCAUCCCCGUCGUAUAUGGUUCUCGCCUGAGGCCGUCCCGCCCACUCGCCCCCCUUGCAUCCUUCCUCCCGCCCUGCCCUGCCGUAACAAGGAUACCGCCUGGAAUCUCGCGACCCUUGCCGGCUUCUCACAUCCGCCCAUUCUCCUGCAACUACCAAGAACCCUGCUCCGCAUAACCAGCGACAGUCCCGCUCCCCUCCUCGUCACACCGGAUUCCGCUGAGCAAUCGCGUUUCCGCCUGUCUGUCCUCAAAUCCACCAUCCUCACGACCUCUCCGAAAAGCAACGCUCUGAACCUGGCUGUUUUGUCACUGGAGUUCUCGCCUCUAGAACUAUCUGCAUAUCUUGCUACCACGGCUCAGACAGCCCUCCGUCCUCAGCAUAUCCUGUAA